AUGCCUCUCUAUGCCAAGUUUUUAAAGAAGCUCAUGACAAGGAAGAGGAAUUGGGGAGAAAAGGAGACUGUAGUGCUCAAUGAGGAGUGUAGUGCCAUAAUACAAAAGAAGCUCCCCCAGAAAUUGAAAGAUCCUAGGAGCUUCCAAAUCCCCUGUAUCAUUGGGGAUAUGAACAUUGAGAAGGCACUAUAUGAUCUAGGAGCCAGCAUCAACCUCAUGUCUUUGGCCAUGAUGAAGAGGAUGAGAAUAGAAGAAGCAAAACCCACAAGAAUGGCCCUUCAACUAGCAGACAGGACCUUCAAAUUCCCCCAUGGCGUGGUGGAGGAUUUGUUGGUAAAAGUGGGAGAGUUCAUCUUUCCAGCUGACUUUGUUGUGCUUAAUAUGGAGGAGGAAGCCAACACAUCAAUCAUCCUAGGAAGGCCAUUCCUAGCUACAGCUAGAGCUAUAAUUGAUGUUCAAAAAGGGGAACUAGUCUUGAGAUUACAUGAGGAGAAAAUGGUCUUCAAUGUCUUCAAGGCAAUGAGCUAG